AUGCCCGGCUUCUUUAACAAGCCAGCCCACACCUUCAAUCCCGUUCCCUCCCACCCUCUCUCAAACAUCCAACACUCCUCACGAUUUCGGACUCUCUCUGCCCUGACCGAAACCCCCGGCAAGAUAGUCGUGAUUGGAGGCGGCAUCAGCGGCUCAGAGGCUGCUUCUCAGGCUGCUUCUCAGAUCUCCAACGCAAAGCACUCGCCUGGUGGAAUGACAUCCUCCCACGCCGACAGCAGGGUUUUCCACGUCAUCAAUCGUCCCUUCUACUGCCUGCCCCGCUACCUUCCACAAGACCCUCAGACCCACGACGGGCAUUUCAAGCCAGCACCCAGAUUCCUUCCCCUUGAUCUGAUUCUCUACAACCUGUCCCGUCGCGGCCAUGGUGACAUCUCUGCAGCUAUCAGCACCGUUCCACCAGAAAAAGCAAAGAAAGGCCACGACUUCUUACGAUCAAGUAUAGGCUGCCAUCACGCCGACGUCGGCUUCUCAGAGCUCGCGUACACGGCGACCCAGACACAACACCCUGGCUACACCGGUAUAACCGACACGUAUAUGGAGUUUGUCAGAAGUGGCAUCAUUGUGCCAGUCCGGGGAUGGGUUGAACACGUCGAGCAGGCAGCCAACGGUGAUUGCCUAGAGAUUCGUCUUGGCCAAUACGAGCCCUGGUUCCAUGGGCCAGGCGCAAAAGCUAUGGUACUCCGCUUACUCGAGAGCCUAGGCGCAUCGAAAAGGCUGACACUUUACAGGGCGAGAGCAGACUGA